UUCAACGAGUUGUAGCCUGUGUGUGGCCUGCAUAAGGGUAGUUUGAGGGGCUUAGAAACGACAAACAACAAACGCCCAUUCACAAGCAACAUUCUCUCAAUCGUGUGCCAACAUUGAAAAGUCGAUUGCCAACGCCAACGUUAAAUAGCUGACUUUUUGUCCAUAUUUGCUAACUUUGCUGCUUUAUCGGCUCCAUACACAAAUUUAUUGUGUUCAGUUGUUGCUGGUAGUUGAAUUGUUAAAAGAACAUUUCGACUCUGAGUUAGUAACUUGUGCUAGUUCCAGUGCUAAAAUCUACAUUCACGUCUAGUGGAGAAUAAUCAAUUAUUUUUUAUUUGUGUUGUGCCUGCAACGCAGUGAAAAAAUAUCCAAACUGUUGAAUUUGCCGCAGUUAUACUUGCAAACCUCAUCGUCAUCAUCUCAUAGUGCACGGAGUAGCAACAUGCCAGUACACGAAUUUAGAGUGGAAAUGACGUGUUCAGGAUGUGCGAACACCGUUGAGCGCGUUUUAAACAAAUUGGGCGCGGAAAAAGUGGAGAAAAUUAGCAUUGAUCUCGACUCAAAAACGGUGCUGGUGACAUCGAAUCUGACGUCCGAUGAGUUACUGGAAACCAUCAAGAAGACUGGCAAAUCGACACAAUAUGUCGGAGUAAAAGAAUGAAAUGAACUUUUUUGUAAGUUUCGCAAAAUUGCCAAAUUAAAACUGGAAGUUUAAUGGCAAAUAUGCAAUGAUUGUGGCAGACGCAAUAAACGUCAGCGGUCAGUGGCCAAUUAUUUUAUGAAAAAUUUUAAACGAUCCACAGUGUUAUUACGGAAUAAAAUUUCAGGACGAAUAGCUAAAUAUGUAAAUUAAAUUGUAAUUAAAAAUAAAAUACAACUUUUGAAAUUAUAGAAAGAACAAAGUAAAACCAAAUACAUGUAGGACAUUUUAAAAGCCGCUCUCGUUAAAGAAGCUCGUAUUUAAUUAACGAUUUCUAGUUACAUUUAAUAUAAAUUACAAAUUUUCAAUAUACAAAAACAAAAAAAAAAAAAUUAAAAUUGCACAUGAGAAUGUAUUUAAAAUGAAAGUAAGAUAAUUACAAAGGAUAAAGUCGAUUUACAGGAAAAUCUAUAUGAAAUAAAUAUAUUUACUGUCAAUUUUGAAAAAUAAUGUUAACAAAUUGUUUAUAACAAAAGUCUAUUUAAACUUCUCUAUUUAAAAUUAGUAAGAACUUAGAUGAUUCGAGAAACCCAUAAGAGAUUAAUUGCCAUAUCGGCUAGAUAUUUUUAAUUUUAAAGUGUUAUCGGAAAACUAGUUUCGAGGUAUGUUUUUUUAACUGCCGCUUAUUCAAUUGCUUAAUUAGAAAAUUAUCGAAAUAUGUAUGCCAAACAAAUAUAUAUAAACUUUUGCAUAAAAUAUGCGUUCAAUAUAUUACAAAGUGUUAACGUAAGAUCUUUAAAAUAUAUCAAAAUGCACACCUCACAUUACAUUUUCUAAAAUUGCGUUUUCUAUAUAAGUAAUUCGCUGCUCCAGUAUUUGCAAUGUAGACACGAUCUUCGCCAACUGCGUCUGCAUCGCAUCCGAUUCUAGCUUCACCUCAUCAUUACAUGAAGUUUGCUUGGAAACACACUGAAACAGUUCUGUGUUUAAUACCUAAGGUUAUAAAUAAAACACAUUUCAAUUUGAUUUUACGAAUCAGAUUUUAUUUGUAUACAAACAAAGCAAAAGUUUAAAAUCUUGUGUGUGUUAAAUGUAUAAAUUGAUGGCGAUAACGACCAGAGCAACAAAUCGAGAAAUGAAUAAAUAAAUAAUAAAUGAAGUUACGAGUAUUCUAA